AUGAAUCAAAUCGUAUUGAAAGGAAGUGCAAUUUUAGAUGCCCAGGGCAGAAUGCCAGAUAUUCAGGAGCUAGCAGAGUAUUUGAAGCAGAAUAGGCUACUAGAAGGUAAGAUAGAACACAGUGACCGUAUUUUCAGAAUAUUCUGGCACAUUGCUGGUGGAGAGUAUGAAACAAUAAGCAAAGCUGAACACGUGUACAAGGAAAUAAAGAAAAAAAGAAGCAAAUUGGAGACACAGCCCAAUAGAAUCCCAAAAUACCUGAUUGAAGGGAGCACAAUGAAGAUUAUUCAGUCAAAUAAGGAAAGAAGGAAGUUCUACAGGUUAAUGAAGAGAGUGGAGCGACCUGUCAGAAUAGAAGAGAAAGAGUGCUACUCCACGAGUAAUACGUGUCGUAUUGGGCAGAUUGUGAAUAACACGCGUCAUUCGAUGAUACAGCGAAUUUCAGACAGAAAGAGCGUAAUAAAACUAAGAAAAAGGUGCGUAGACAGCUUUGACUAUUUUGGAAAUGGGAAGCUGUUUAGUACGAAGAGGCUGAAGACGAGAGGCGUAGAAUGCGAUACCAGUGCCCAGUCGAUCUGCGUAUUCUACGAUUCACAACCUGAAAAUGACACAAGGAAGGAGCAGAAGUUUGUGCUGGAGACACCAGAUGCAAGCAGUGACUGCGACUGUACCAGAUACACGAAACGAAACGCAAAUCGAACCAGAAACAUCUCCAUCAUCCCCAAAACAUUAACAAAUAGAUUGGCCCGUUUUCAAAAGGGAAGCAGGGUUGAUUCAUGGAGACAGUUCCACGCCUUAAUAAACAUAUUUCAUAAUCAGGCUGUAUCAGUCCACUCGUACAUGCACGAUGUGCAAAUGUAG